GCGGCACUGGUCUGAGCAUGGUGCAGAAGCUCCAGUCGCUCGGCGUCCGUCUUGCCCUGGUGCCAGCUCUCCUUCUCCUGUCCGUGACGCAUGCGGCUUCCCAGAGCAGCCUCUGCCAGAAGUGCCCCUCAGGCUCCGAUCCGCUGCACAACAUGAAGCUGCAGAUCAUGCACCUGAAGAGGGAUGCUCAGGCGCUGUACAAGUCCUACUUGUCCCACAAUGGUUUGCUGAGGCUUCCCCGCGAAAUCUGCAGAGGGCGGCCAGAGUCCUGGUUCCCAAGCAGAACUGUAAGUCGGAAAAGAGUGACCACGAUGCUGACGGGACUGCACGAGAUGCUGCGGUAUGUGAAGGAGGCACUGGCACACCUCUGGCGACAGCAGAGCGAGCUGCAGAGUCGAGGAGCCGAGCUGCUCGGCAGACUGAACAAAACUUCCGUGUCAGUGUUGGGACUUCUGUAUAACACCCAGUGUGCCCUGUGCCUACGGGGCCUCGCUCCCGGCAACACGUCUCUCCCGGAGAGAACUGCAGGCACUUCAGUGUUCUCUCAAAAGAUUGAAGGGUGCCGCACACUCUGGAGUUACUCCAGCAUCAUUAGGAAGUUGGCCAGGGCCUUUGAAAAGGAGAAAGGAAGGCAAGCAGAUGGAGAGACGGGGAGGGUGCGUGGCCACUCCUUGACUGACUGUAAGGGACACUGA